AUGAAAUUAUUUUUCCUUCUCCCGCUGGUUCUUCUGAACCAGAUCGUCGCGGUAUCGAUCGAUUCCAACACGUUGUUCUUCCUCUCUGAUGACUCGAAGACUGUCAUGGGCUACGACGGAGCUCUUCUUUGUCCACAAUUCAAGAAUUUUUGCGCUUAUCUUGUUUAUAUUGAAAUUGACACUGCCGGAGACGAUAUGCUCAAACAAGUCCCUACGCAAUGCACGGACACAGGAGUUUUGCACCAUAAUGCGGCUGUGGUUUUUAAAGGCGGUGAUGGACCCGGGCAAAUUUACUACGAACCCGGAGUUCAAAUUUUCCACGAUUGCGUCCAGGGAGACAGGUUCAUCUGGCAGAUGACUCAUUCUUUCCCGCCAGUUGCAAUGCGGAAUCGGUGGGUCAUGAAGCAAUACGCGCUAAACUUGACCGUCACAAGUUAUCCCAAAUACCACAACGGUCCAAUCAAUAUCAGCUCAUUCCAAGGAGUCAGUAGAGCCACCCAUCCGAAUCUGUAUAGAGACGACAGUCGCCGUUUCACACGAGAGGAGUUGGUGGAUUACAGAGAUAGAUUCAGUUAA